AAAUAAAUGUAUAUAAAAGUUGAGCAGUGAGAAAAUUUAAUAUAUUUGUAUCUAGAUAAAUAAAUGUAUUAUAAUAGUAUUGUUAUAAAUUUAAAUGAUUUAUUUAUCUUAACCACAAAUACACACUGGUACUCACACAGAUACUUCUAAACCCGGUAAAAAUUCUCAUAAUAAACAUCUAUGUGGAUAUAGAGCAAAUAUAAGUGCAUGUAAGGACAACUUUCCUUCCGUUAUUUUGUGAUGCUUUGUUUUAUUUUUCAAUGCAUUUAUUGGUUACUCUGAAGUUACAGUUAAAUAGUUAAUAGAGUCAUGCAAUGAUCCAUGUUUUUCUCCUAAACCUUUGAUAUGUAACACAUGCCGUACACAUAAUAUUUGCUUCAACGAAAAACAAAAUUAAACUGCCUCAGUAAUGGAGAACAUGGACAAAGAAAUUCUGCAUUUUGAUCUGAAUACUGGUGUAAAGAUACCAUCAGUUGGUCUUGGAACAUGGAAGGCUCCUCCAGGUGUUGUGGGUGAUGCUGUUGUUGUUGCAGUCAAGGCUGGCUACAGGCAUAUAGAUUGUGCGCGGGUAUAUGAUAAUGAAAAAGAGGUAGGGGAGGCGCUGAAAACACUGUUUUCUUCUGGGGUAGUGCAGCGUAGUGAAAUGUUCAUCACAUCAAAGCUAUGGAUCAGUGAUUGUGCACCUGAAGAUGUCUCAAAGGCACUGGCAAGGACGCUAGAGGACUUGCAGCUUGACUACAUUGAUUUAUAUCUUAUGCAUUGGCCUUUUAGGACAAAGCCAGGAUCCCGAGGUUGGGGCCCUGAGGUCAUGGCUCCCUUAUGUCUUCCAGAGACAUGGAAUGCAAUGGAAGGUUUAUUUGCCUCCGGUCAGGCACGUGCGAUUGGCGUAAGCAACUUUUCAACUAAGAAGCUGCAAGACCUGCUCAGAUAUGCUAAGAUUCCACCAGCAGUUAACCAAGUUGAAUGUCACCCAGUUUGGCAGCAGCCUGCUCUUCAUAAUCUGUGCAAGUCUACUGGUGUUCAUCUCACAGCAUAUUCUCCUCUGGGCUCUCCAGGGUCAUGGGUAAAGGGGGAAAUCUUGAAGGAACCAGUGUUGAUUGAAAUUGCUGAAAAACUUAAUAAGUCUCCAGCACAAGUGGCUUUGCGCUGGGGACUCCAAAGUGGCCACAGUGUUCUUCCAAAAAGUGUAAAUGAAUCUAGGAUCAAGGAAAACCUUAGUUUAUUUGAUUGGUGCAUCCCACCAGAGCUCUUCUCAAAGCUCUCACAGAUUCACCAGCAAAGGUUACUUCGAGGGGACUUCGCAAUCCAUGAAAGUUGUAGUCCAUACAAAAGUCUUGAAGAAUUGUGGGAUGGAGAAAUAUGAAACAGAGUUGUCAUGCUUUCAUUAGAAGAAGCUCAGGAUGUUAUUUGAUAUUGAAUUCUUAUCCCCUAAUGCAAACUCAAGGAAUGUCUACUGACAACUUUGUUCAUGACUAAAGAUGAUAACCUGUCUUCUAGGGGUUUUAAGUAAAUCUCCAUGUAUGAAUAGAAGAAGCACAGAUGCAUUCUUUAUUUGGUUAUGAGAUCUUCAUUAAAACUUCCCCCUUUCUCUCUGAAUUUGUUAUUGAUGGAAGAAAAAUAAACAGAAAACAACUGCACACAAACUUGCAGUUGAUUGCAAUAGCAGAUUAUAACCAGAGAAAAGGUCUUGGCUUUCUAUAUACAAUUUGGAUUUCUCUAUAUUCUGCAAAUUGUGGUAAUCUGAAUCCUCUGAUUAUAAUACAUUGGAAAUUUUACGAGCUAAUAAAAGACGUUAUGUGGAGCA